AUGGCGAAUAAUUUAGAAAAUAGAUUUUAUCCAACAAGUUCAAAUUCUUCACUAUCUAUUGAAACAGUAGCAGAAGAAUUUGAAUCAGAGGAAUAUGAUAACGAACUAACCUUGACAGCAGACAAUAACAAUGAACUAUCCAAAGCUGUUAAAGAGGUUCUAAAUUCGGAUCUUUACCAAGAAACAUUAAAAAAAGGAUACAUUGAUGAAAACAACAAUAUUCCACCAAAAGAACCAGCACCUAAACGAAUGCCAAGAUGUUCGGAUAUCUGGUAUAAAUUACUUAAACCUAUCUUUGUUGGUAUAUCGGCAAAAGCAACAUGGCCUAUGGCAAAGCAGGUUCUUAAGGCUGCUGUUGCUUACUGGCUUGCCUUCGUUAUUGACCUUAUUGUCCCUGCAAUGCAGGAAUUAGGCCCUUAUACCUUUUUGGCAGUCGUGAUGGUUUGCUACUUUCAACCUUCAAGAACAUUUGGUUCCUUAUGGGAGAGUGCUGGCUGGGGAAUUUUCGGUGCUUGCUUAGCUACAUUAUGGUCAUUUUUAGGUAUUAAAGUAUCCGAAGCAAUACGUGGUGACGAAAUAUUUAGUAUACCCGCUAUGUUAGUCAAUUUAACGUUCUUGGCUAUUGGUACAUUUACUUUAUCAUAUGAUAAAAUCAAAUGGCAACCUAUGCGUUAUG